CACGUGAAAAAUGAUUCAGCCGUUGAAUGAAUGAAGAUAACUCUGAUUCCCAUUUCCAACAUAAAAGGAAUCGUUGACGUGCACGCCUCCUAUUGGUCCCCAUUCAACACAGUUGAAACUUCUCCCCUUUCUCUUCUACCUUUCUUCCCCUGCCAGCACCCUAGGGUUCCUUUCUCUCUCUCUCCCCUUUUCGCAUCUCCACCGCUCGCCGCCGCGGCGAGCGGAUUCAUAUUUUCCGAUCACUUCACAAUUCGCGCUUCUUCAAUCCAGCGAUUGGAGGAAGAUGGCAAGUCAAGGUGGUGGUUCCUCUCGAAGGAGUAUUUCAUCUUCCAGGAGAGCCUCUGAGUCUGCAGCUUCCCUAUCCACUGCUCGAAAAUCGCUUUCCUCUUUGCGUCCACUGGGAUUUACUGGAGAGCGGACAGUGAAAUCAUUGAGACUUACAAAGGCUCUGACUGUGCCUGAAACAACAACUGUCUAUGAAGCUUGCCGUCGGAUGGCUUCCCGUAGAGUGGAUGCUCUAUUACUAACAGAUUCUAAUGCUUUGCUAUCUGGAAUCCUCACGGACAAGGAUAUAGCAACAAGAGCUAUUGCCCAAGAGAUUAAUCUUGAGAACACGCCUGUUUCCACGGUUAUGACAAGGAAUCCAGUAUUUGUCCUUUCCGAAACUCUGGCUGUAGAAGCCCUGCAAAAGAUGGUGCUAGGGAAAUUCAGGCAUCUACCUGUGGUGGAGAAUGGAGAAGUUUUAGCUUUACUUGACAUAGCAAAGUGUUUGUAUGAUGCCAUUGCCCGUAUGGAAAGGGCUGCUGAGAAAGGAAAAGCAAUUGCAGCAGCUGUUGAAGGAGUUGAAAAACACUGGGGAACAUCUGACUCCAAUUCAUCGUUCAUUGAGACUAUCCGGGACCAGAUAUUCAAGCCAUCAUUGUCCACAAUCGUCCCCGAGAAUUCAAAGAUUGCAACAGUUUCGCCUACAGACUCAGUUUUGACAACAACGAAAAAGAUGGUUGAACUUCGUGCAAGUUGUGCUGUUGUGACGGUUGAUGGCAAACCUCGUGGCAUCUUUACUUCAAAGGAUGUCUUGAUGCGGGUGAUUGCGCAAAAUCUCCCUCCAGCGUCAACUCCUGUUGAAAAGGUCAUGACUCCAAAUCCAGAAUGUGCAUUUAUUGAUGUUCCAAUUGUUGAUGCACUUCACACUAUGCAUGAUGGAAAGUUUUUGCAUCUUCCUGUGAUUGAUAGAGAUGGCAUUGUAGUUGCUGUGGUCGAUGUGAUUCAUGUCACUCAUGCCGCUGUGGCAACAGUAAGCCAGGUUGGAAAUAAUGAAGCUGCCACCUCCUUGAUGCAAAGAUUUUGGGAUUCAGCCAUGGCCUUAACUCCAAAUGAUGAUGAUGACGAAACACGAAGUGAAAGUUCCUUGAAAUUGGCUUCUGAGGGCGGUGAAACGGGGAGAAUCGGUCCUUAUCUUUCGUCAAGCAUGCCCAAUACAUUUUCCUUCAAACUACAAGAUAAGAAGGGUAGAAUGCAUAGAUUCACAUGUGAUACCCGGAGCAUGACAGAGGUUAUAACUUCAAUCCUGCAAAGACUUGGUGAUGAUAUUGACCCUAACAACCUGCCUCAUAUUCUGUAUGAAGACGAAGAUCAUGAUAAAGUUGUAUUGGCUUCAGACAGUGAUCUUGCUGCAGCCGUGGACCAUGCAAGGAUGGCUGGUUUGAAGGGAUUGAAAUUGCAUUUAGACUACGAAGGAACACGUGGUUAUCAGAAAGGUUCUGAUUCGGGUAGUUUGGAGCUUGCUACUUCAAAUGCGUGGACCUCGGCAUAUAGCAGCGUUGCUGCUGGAGCUGCAUUUGUUGCUGGCUUAGGCAUAUUAACAUACUUGAAGCGAUAUUAACAUACUUGAAGCUAUUUAAAUGAAUGGAAGAAAAGCAAUUCUGUUUGGUAGUAUUGGGGCCAAGCUGAAGUAAGUGGAGCUUUGGAGGGCACACUGCACUUGCCAUCGUUAUGUUCUGAAAUUUUGUACAACAAUAAGUACUUAUAUGUGAAAAAGGAAGCGAUUUUUUCAAGCUGGUUACUGUGCUGUAUGACAAUUAGGAUGCGUCAUCUUGUAUAUUUGUAAUUUUAGGUGUUGCAGCCUCAUCUGUGUACACGAAUAAACGGCAUUAACACAAGUUUCUGUCCAUUUUUUUCUGACUUAAGUUCAUAAAACCAACACUGAGUUCAUUGGUUACUUGAAAAUAUUGAUGAUUGUGUUUGUACUUUGUAGUUUAUCGAUCAAACAUUGAGUA